AUGGGAGAUAGCCUGAAUAAUCAACCACGGUUCCACCAAAAUGCGUCAUCAGGAACAAAUGGGGUCGAGCACACCCUGAAUGUCCAUGGGAUUUGUGUUUCUGUUCUUGCUUGGUCAGCUGAUCCAAAUUACGUCUACCAUGCCUGUUCAAAUACCACCACUUUCACCCCGAACAGCAUUUACCAAUCGAAUCUCAAUCUCCUCCUCUCCUCUCUCGCCUCCAACUCCACUAGCAACGAUGGUUUCCACAACACCACCACCGGCCAAACCCCUGACACUGUCUACGGCCUCUUCCUCUGCCGUGGCGACGUCUCCACCGAUGUUUGCCAAGACUGUGUCACUUUCGCGACCAAAGACGUAGUUCAAAGGUGUCCUGUAGAGAAAUUGGCUGCAAUCUGGUAUGACGAAUGUCUUCUUCGUUACUCCAACCGGACUUUCUUCAAUAGUGGAACCGAAGGUCCUACUCUGAUUUUGUACAACACGCAGAACGCCACGAACCAAACCAGCUUUAGUGACCUAGUGCGAUCCACGAUGAAUGGUUUAGGGACUCAGGCAGCAGGUAGUGCUAGAAAAUUUGCGUGCACACAGGACCUAUCUAGUAGUAACUGCCAGAGAUGUCUCCAGGCAUCCAUUGGAAACCUUUACGUCGGAAACAUAGGAUCGCAAACUAUCGGGCUUAGCUGCAAUGUUAGGUUUGAGACAUACCUGUUCUAUAAUCAGUCUGCGAUUCCGGCACCACCACCAUCACCUUUGUUUCCUCCUCCUCCAGCUAGUCGUAAAGGAAAGGGUGGAAUCUCAACGGCAACAAUAGUUGCCAUUGUUGUUCCAAUUGUUGUGGCUGUAGUGCUUUUCGUUAUAAUAGGCUGCUGUAUGUUAAGAAGGAGAGCAAAAAAGAAAUACAGUACCACACAAGAAGAUAAUAAUGUUGACGAUGACAUUACAACUGUGGAGUCCUUGCAAUUUGAUUUUGCGAGCAUUGAAGCUGCCACAAGAAAAUUUUCUGAUGAUAGCAAGCUAGGCGGGGGAGGAUUCGGUGAGGUUUAUAAGGGGACACUUCCGAAUGGACAAGAUAUUGCAGUGAAAAGGCUAUCAAGAAGUUCCGGACAAGGAGUAGAAGAAUUUAAGAAUGAGGUGGUAUUGGUAGCCAAGCUUCAACACAGAAAUUUAGUGAAGCUGUUGGGAUUUUGCUUGGAAGGAGAAGAGAAGAUACUUGUCUAUGAAUUUGUCCCCAACAAGAGCCUGGACUAUUUUCUGUAUGACGCUGAAAAACAAAGUCAGUUGGGUUGGUCAAGGCGCUACAAGAUCAUUGGAGGAAUUGCUCGAGGAAUGCUUUAUCUUCAUGAGGACUCCCGAUUAAGAAUUAUUCAUAGAGAUCUCAAAGCAAGCAAUAUAUUGUUAGAUGGAGAUAUGAAUCCAAAAAUUUCAGAUUUCGGAAUGGCAAGGAUUUUCGUGGUUGAUCAAACUCAAGGAAACACAAGUAGAAUUGUUGGGACCUACGGAUACAUGUCCCCAGAGUAUGCCAUGCAUGGACAAUUUUCAGUGAAGUCCGAUGUGUAUAGUUUCGGAGUUUUAGUUCUAGAGAUUAUAACUGGGAAGAAGAACAGUUCUUUCUAUCAGUCAAAUGGCGCUAACGACCUUGCGAGCUAUGUGUGGAAGCAUUGGAGAGAAGGGACACCUUUGGAAUUGUUGGAUGCUACUUUAACGGACUCACAUUCAAGAACUGAAGUGAUGAGAUGCAUCCAUAUCGGGUUAUUAUGCGUGCAGGAAGAUCCCGUUGACAGACCCACAAUGGAAACAAUUGUUCUCAUGCUCAAUAGUUACUCUGUCUCUCUACCUUUACCUCAAGAACCAGCAUUUUUUCACCAAACUAGAACAGUGCCGAGCUUUAAAGGGCUGGAUUCGAAUCAAUCCACAAGCAAGUCAGAGUCCCUGCCACCUUUCUCAGUUAAUGAAGCAUCAAUUACAGAAGUGUAUCCUAGAUAA